AUGGCUUGCUUUGGCUUCCAGAGUCAUGGGGCUCGGCUGGACCUGGCUUCUGGGACCUGGCCCUGUACUGCCCUGUUUUCUCUUCUCUUCAUCCCCGUUUUCUCUAAAGGGGUGCACGUGGCCCAGCCCGCAGUGGUGCUGGCCAGCAGUCGGGGUGUUGCCAGCUUCGUCUGUGAAUAUGGGUCGUCAGGCAAAGCCGCCGAGGUCCGGGUGACGGUGUUGCGGAAGGCAGGCGGCCAGCUGAACGAAGUCUGCGCCGCGACCUACAUGGUGGAAGAUGAGCUGACCUUCCUGGAGGAUUCCACUUGCACUGGCACCUCCAGUGGGAACAAAGUGAACCUCACCAUCCAAGGGCUGAGGGCCACGGACUCCGGGCUCUACAUCUGCAAGGUGGAGCUCAUGUACCCGCCGCCCUACUAUGUGGGCAUGGGCAAUGGAACCCAAAUUUACGUCAUUGAUCCAGAACCAUGCCCGGAUUCUGAUUUCCUCCUCUGGAUCCUGGCAGCAGUUAGUUCAGGGUUGUUUUUCUACAGCUUCCUCAUCACAGCUGUUUCUUUGAGCAAAAUGCUAAAGAAAAGAAGCCCUCUUACUACAGGGGUCUAUGUGAAAAUGCCCCCAACUGAGCCAGAAUGUGAAAAGCAAUUUCAGCCUUAUUUCAUUCCCAUCAAUUGA